AUGUCGCAAGCGCAUCGCCCAACAUGGAACCCGACCAUGGGCAAGGAGACCAAGUCGGGCAGCCAGAUGGUCUCCAAGUGGGGCCUGGCGUCGCACACAAAACUCAAGUUCCGCCAGCCCGGCCAGACCAACACGUCGGACGUUGCGCGCCGCGACCUGCGCGCCGAGCUUGCGGCUGCCGAGCGCGUGGCCGAGAACAAGAAGCGUAAAGCCGCGGGACUGCAGCCUCUGCCGCCCGUCGCGGGCGCUCUGCAGAUCGAGAACGGCAGUGCGGCCGCGAGCGAGGCGGCGGCCGACGACGACGAGGAACGUGCCAAGAGGCGAAAGGUGCUCGAGGAGGCGGCCGAGCUCGACAAGGACGACAGCAGUGACGACGACGAUGAUGAGGAUGAGGAUGAGGCGGAUAAGGGCAAGGGCAAGGCUGGCGGCGAUGACGAUGACGACGAUGAGGACGACGACGACGACAGCGACGACGAUGACGAGGACGACACCGCGGCGCUGAUGGCCGAGCUGGCGCGCAUCAAGCAGGAGCGUGCAGAGGAGAAGGCUCGCUUGGAAGCCGAGGCCAACGCCGAGACCGCCGCCGACCGCGAGGCCGAGAUUGCCACUGGCAACCCGCUCCUCAACCUCCAGGCUGCCCUGGGACAGACCCCGAGUGCGGCCAGCACCACGUCGACGUUUGCUGUCAAGCGUCGGUGGGAUGACGACCUCAUCUUCAAGAACCAGACCGCCGGCCAGAGCGACAAGCCAAAGGGCGAGUUUGUCAACGACCUCUUGCGUUCCGAGUUUCACAAGAAGUUCAUGCAGAAGUUCAUCAAGUAA